UGAGAUGGGAAUGGGACCCCACCCAAAAACGCAUCGAAACGGUGUGAAAUGGCCGAAAUGCACGGGUGGCACUGGCUCGCACGCACGCGCGGCAUUCGCCUCACCACAAGGCAAGGAGUCCGCCCGCUCGCCGCCACCGCCGCCGCCGCCGCCGAACCGAGCACCGCGUGUGGCGGGGGUUUCCGUGGCGAAAUGCCGCAGGUCCCCUCGUCGCAAACCGCCGCCGCCUCGCUGGCUCGCGUGCCCCCCGCGUCCGUGCGCGUACUCGUUGGGUUCGGGGUGCUGCUGCUCGUCUCGCUCGUGGUCGUCCACCGCCGACCCGCGAGGACGGUGGGAGGGGGAGGCCCCGGGCCCGACCCCGAGCCCGACCCCGCCGCGCGGUUCCUGUCGCUGUCCGAGGGGGCUAACGCGACCAUCGCGGCCGACCUGCGGGCGCUCACCGCGGGGCCGCACCUCGCGGGGACGGGCGCGGCGGCGGCGGCGGCCGCCGCGCGCGUGCUCUCGCGGUUCCGCGCCGCGGGGCUCCGAACCCUAACGCGAGAGUACACGCCCCUGCUCUCGUACCCCGGCCACGCAUCGCUCGCGCUGCUCCGCGCCGACCGGACCCUCCCGGCGGACCUGUCGCUCGACGAGCCGGCGGACGUGGGGCGCCGCCUCGUGCGGCCGUACCACGCGUAUGCUCCGUCCGGCGGGGCCGUCGCGGAGGCGGUGUUCGUCAACCUCGGCCGCGAGGAGGACUACCUCACGCUCGAGCGGCUCGGGGUGAGCGUCCGCGGCCGCAUCGCGGUGGCGAUCCGAGGAGGAGGCUAUCGCGGCGGGGUGGUGCAGCGCGCCGCGGAAAGGGGCGCCGCUGCCGUGCUCAUUGCCGGGCACGCGGACGGCGGAGUCGAGAGGGGCACGGUAAUCCUCGGAGGCCCCGGCGACCCGCUCACCCCCGGGUGGGCCGCCACGGCCGGGGCGGAGCGCCUGGAUAUCGACGACGAGGCAGUUAAACGGCGAUUUCCAGCCAUCCCAUCCAUGCCGGUGUCAGGCAGGACGGCCUCGGCGAUAAUACGGACCCUGGGUGGCCCGGUUUUGCCGGCGGAGUGGCAGACCGGAGUUGGACUUCCGGUGGAUGUCGGCGGUGUUGGACCAGGUCCCACGUUGGUCAACUUCACGUAUCAGGAGGACAGCAAGAUGGCCACGAUACAUGAUAUUUUUGCCGUCAUAAAAGGGUAUGAAGAACCUGAUCGUUAUGUUAUCCUUGGUAACCACCGAGAUGCAUGGACCUAUGGAGCAGUUGAUCCUAACAGUGGGACAUCUGCACUUCUUGAUAUUGCUCGGCGUCUUGGAAUAAUGCUGAAGUCAGGCUGGACACCUCGGAGGACCAUCAUUCUUUGUAGUUGGGAUGCUGAAGAGUUUGGAAUGAUCGGAUCAACUGAAUGGGUUGAAGAAAACCUUGAAGAUCUGCAUUCAAAAGCUAUAGCUUACUUAAAUGUUGAUUGUGCGGUGCAAGGUGUCGGGUUUUUUGCUGGUUCUAGCCCCCAGUUGGACACCCUCUUGAUUAAUGUUACAAGACAGGUAAAAGAUCCGGAUGUUGAAGGAAAAACAGUCCAUGAUACAUGGACUAAAAUGAAUGGAGGCAUAAAUAUAGAAAGACUUGCCAGAACUGAUUCUGACUUCGCUCCUUUUCUACAUCAUGCUGGAAUCCCUUGUGUGGAUUUAUACUAUGGGAAAGAAUUUCCUGGAUAUCAUACGGCUCUCGACUCAUAUAACUGGAUGGAAAAGUAUGGUGAUCCAUUGUUUCUUCGUCACGUGGCUAUUGCUGAGAUUUGGGGACUUCUGGCCCUUCGCUUGGCAGAUGACCCUGUGCUGCCAUUUGAUUAUCAGACAUAUGCUUCCCAGUUGCAGGGGCAUGCAAAUGUAUUCUCUGCUAUGAUGCAAAAUAGCACAUUUGUUAAUUUGAUGAAUAAAUUCGCCGACGAUCUUUCUGGUGCAGCCAUGCAAGUUCUGAAGGAGGCAGAGAAAUUACAGGACCUCGAUGUAUCUGAUGGAUACUCUCUGAUGAGGCGGCGGCUGUUGAACGACCGCCUUCUACUCGCCGAAAGGAGCUUUCUCCAACCUGAUGGACUCCAAGGAAGAGGAUGGUUCAAGCAUCUGUUGUACUCGCCUCCUGAGGACUACGAAAGCAGGCUUUCCUUCUUCCCUGGGGUAGCGGACGCCAUGUCCCGGUCGAGCAAUCGAAGCGCGAAAGAACGGCGGGCGUUGGUGCAGCAUGAGAUUUGGAAAAUCUCAAGGGCAAUUGGAAGAGCAGCUAAUGUUCUUAGAGGUGAAUUCAGCCACAGGAACGAAUCGUUCAAGUCUAGCGUCUCUGUGGCUCCAUAAAACCUGUGUAUAAAUAAAACUGGUUGGGGGUUUGCUCAGAGAAAUGAAAUCUCGUUGCCGGGCGAAGGUGGUCUUCUGUGGUGAUUUUCUUUCCAUAUUGAUGCACAACAUCAACUUUGUUUAGAAGAAAGGUCUAAUAAUCUUAAACAAGACCCCAAAUAUUACAAUCUGAUCGCCAACAUGGAAAGUAAAACUGAGGUAAAUCUAAUCUAGGCUCGCAGCUAUUCUU